CGUUCAGCUCGUGGCCGCUCGGGUCACGGCACCAAAAGAUUUGAAUUUGCUGAGGAGAAAGACCGUUGUGCGAAAGGCGGCCCCACCCAAAGGAAUGUAUAUAGACAUGCGGGAAAGGGGUCGCCGAAGUCUGGCUCUUUUGGCAACCGUCUCUUACUGUCUGGUAGACUGCAACCAUCUCCAGUUCUGCACAUAUUCUUGGAGAGAGAGAAGAGCGGGGAGAGGGGGGAGAACGGUGGGGAGUUUUUCUUUUCAGUCUGGGUUUCAUUCUACUACUGGAGAUUGGCGUUUCACGAGGCAGGUCAAUGAUAGACUUGAUGAUUUUGUUGGUUUGCUAUGGCGAGCGUGCUUUGGCGAGGAGAAGGUUGAGGCUGAAUACCAGGUGCACGAGCAGCAGAGAGCCCAAAUGAGGAACAAUGGCCCAUCCAUGCUAGAGUCAGGAGAGGGCCGUGGCACACACGCAGACACACAAACACUUGGGACAUUGUGCAUGCAUGUUGGGGAAUGCGGUGGUGCACCAGUGGCCGCUUUGGUGCGAACGUGGGGAGCAGAGCCCUAGGGCACCAGCUCGGUUGGGGAAACUGUCGGGGGAAUGGGAGCGCCAUAGGGGCGUGUGGGGUCUGCACAAGAGACGUACGCCCCCCCCCC